AUGGACGACGACUUUCACUCGCUGAACAAGGGCGUCUUCGUUAUUCCCUUCAAGGGCGAUGCUGGCCCCUCCAGCCGGCCCAGCCGGCCUCUCGACUCUGUCUAUGGCAGCGCGAGCGCCGCAUACGCCCAAGCGCACAAGGACUAUGAAGACGACCGCGCCGAGGAGCAGCUGGACGCCAUCCGCGACUGGUUGGACCGCUGUGCUGCCCCACCUUGCCUCCACCAGGCUUUUAAGAUUAGGCGGGUGCCCGUGGCGCUGCUACAGGGGAUAUCGCCCGAGGCCCCGCGCCAGCUUCCCAACCUGACGCGCGCUACGACGCUCAGCGGCCGCGACCUCUGCGACAUUGGGGCAGCGAUGCGCGCCCUCGCAGUUGGAUUCCUCGGCGAGGCAGCACUAGAUGCGAAGAAGGCGGGCCGCACCCCGCUCGACGAGGUCGCGCGCUGGUGGGGCAAGCUUCGCGACCGCCCAGCGCUAUUGGUUCACAUCGAGCAAGCGCAGCUGGUGCCGACCACAGUGCUCGCCGAGUUGGUGUACAUCGUCGGGCUGCACGACGACGUUUCGAUUCGCCUCCUCUUGUCCGUGCCCAGCGUUACGACCUUCCUCGCCGUAUGGGUUCCUCUCGAGCCCAGCGAGAUUGACCUGAGCGUGCUCCGGAGCACACGUCGACCGAGCGGUGCUGUCAACGCCGUUCUCCAGACGGCGCUCGACCGCUCAGCAGCACCGAUUACCUUGUCCGAAGAGCUUGCGCGGGAGGUGCGGGCUGAGGAUGAUCGGUUGGGCGGUGGUGCAGCAGCUACCCUCAAGUCCCUCCGCUGGCUGUUGCUGCGGCACAGCCACAACUCUGCGCUCGCGGCGCUUCCGGACGUGAGCGAGGAGGACCAGCCUGCGGCUCUGCAAGCCUUGCGUGAUGCCAUGUCAGAGGAUGCCUCCGCGGCCGAUGAGCUCCUCACGCUGGGCGUUUCGCCCGAUCUCUCCUACACACAAAACCCGGCGCCGCGAUUGGCCCUCUUGCAAGCCCUCGCGAACCAGGACACGUUCCUUUCACCAGCGGACCACGACAAUCGAGACGCGCUCAAGGAGACGGAGAUGCUGCACUCGCUCUGGGAGUCGGCAGGUAAGACGGUCAACCUGUGGGACUGGCUCGAGGGCUUCCGCAUGAUGCUACUUUCGGAGAAGCGGGCCGAGAACAUGCCAGAUCCAACAACACCGUCGAAGGGCAAGCGGCGGCGAGGGGAGGAGGACCAAGAGCCGGAGCUGGGUGAGGACGAGGAUGCGCGCGCACAUGCGCGCUUCAUACGCUUUGUCGAGGAGGCGCGGAUGAUGGGCCUGGUGCGGGCGCGGGGCAAGAAGAGCGAUGAGGUGGUCAAGGCGGCGCUUUUGUAA